CCGUGCCACGGUCUGGGAACCACGACGGGGUUGGAUCAAGGGGUGCACUUGAUGAUCUGGGAGGUCUUUUCCAAGCCGGCUGAUUCUGGGAUUCUCUGGGUGCCAUUGCCAGGGCAGCACAUGCUGGAGGCUCUGUCCACAGGGGAUAGAUGUGUCUGUGCAGACAGAGAGACAAGGUCAGUCUGCAAAGAUGUGGGGUUAGAAAAGCAGGAGAAGUUGUGGGGUGGUUGUGGCAGGAGAAAGAAGCCCCCAGGCCAGUGCAAGCAGGCCCCCCUGGGCUUGCACAUCAUCUGCCCUCCCUGCAGGUUCCUGUCCUGGAGAGCAGGCCCUGAGGUGGCCCUGAGAAGAAGUGGAAGGCAGAGGUGGUGCUGAGGCAGGAGAGCCCCGUGCUGGGGAAGAGGCUGAGCUGGGAGUGCCCAGCAGCGAGAAGGUGCUGUGUCCAUGCCCUGUGUGCCAGGAUUUGUCCUUCCCAAAGCUUGGGCAGAUGGAGGAGGAGGUUGCAAGGAAGAGGAAAUAUCCGCAGGCUCCCCAGGCAGGCCUUGAGCUGAGGACGGAGAGCACGAAGGACAAAUCCCCCCGGCAGAGCCUGGUGGGAGAGGCCGUUUUGAAGGGCUCCCUGGCGCAGGAAGGCAGCAGGGAGGAAAAGGCCCGGAGAUGCCCCCAGAGGAGGGGCUGCAAAGCCAGCCCAGGAAGCUCUGAGGAGGAAAGACCCGGCCUGUGCCGGGAAAGUGGCCGGAGCUUGAGCCGGAGCUCCGAGCUGGUGGUGCAGGAGCGCGUCAAUACCGCGGAGAAGCCCUACAAGUGCCCCACCUGUGGGAGAAGCUUCGUCAACAGCUCCAAUCUCCUCGCCCACCAGCGUGUCCACACCGGGGAACGGCCCUACGAGUGUGGGGAAUGUGGGAAGACCUUCAUCUAUGGAUCCCACCUCUUCACCCACCGCCGGGUGCACACGGGGGAGCGGCCCUACAAGUGCUUGGAAUGCGGGAAGGGCUUCAGCGUCAGCUCCCACCUGAUACGCCAUCAGCUCAUCCACACUGGGGAACGGGGGCACCAGCCCCACAAAUGUGGGGAAUGCAAGAAAAGCUUCCAAUACAGUUCUGACCUCAUUAUCCACCAGCGCCUGCACACGGGGGAGAAGCCCUACAAGUGCUCAGAAUGUGGGAAGAGCUUCCGCCUCCGUUCCAACCUGAACCAGCAUCAGAAGACCCACACUGCGGAAUGGCCCUUCCAGUGUCUUGAGUGUGGGAAGAGGUCUCGGAGCAGCUCGGAUCACCUCAAGCAUGAGCAGACACACACAGAGGAGAGGCCCUUCCGCUGCACCGACUGCGGGAAGGGCUUCAAACGGAACACCAACCUCGUCAGCCACCGGCGCCUCCACACCAGGGAGAGGCCCUACAAGUGUGGGGAGUGUGGGAAGAGCUUCACCCAGAGAGGUAACUUGACCUCGCACCAACGGACCCACCAGUAAGGGAAGCCCCACGAGUGCCCCGACUUUGGGAAGAGCUUUGGCCGCUGCUCCCACCCUGAAUGCCCCUCCUGAUGGUGAGGCAACCCCUGGAGUCCAGGGACUGUCAGUCCAUCCCUUUCCACCAGAAAGGGACCAGUCCCCUUUGCCAGGGGUAGGUUCUGCCAACAGAACCCUUCUUAGGGGAUGUGUGGAGAUUCCUGCCUUGGCUGGGACCCCCCAAGGUCACUGCUGGAGGUUGAGAGCAGAGAUCUCCCCACGAGCGUUGGUCUGGGGGAGUUCCAUCCAUCUCUAAUUCAUAAUUCUUGCUUUGGUGCCAGCUUGAGUAGAAUUGCUUCCACAAUUACUUUAGUGUAGAGCACUGUCCUAUCUUAUGCUGUACUAUUGGUAGUUUUAGUGUUUGUAUUGUGCAGUAAAUAAUUCUGAUGAA